CCACCAUAACCCAUUUCAGUCAAUACUUUUUCCAAGAGAAUAAGGAACAUGUGAAGAAUUGUGUUGAACAUUGAGUGGAUAUUAUUUGUUGCUAGAAAUUACAAUUAACUGUAACUAUUGUAAAAAUUUUAAUCCGAAAUUUUAAUGAUGAAGACGUUUAAUCGACCUCGGCAGGAUACGAAAAAGCUUUCGUGGGUGUACAGAAAUAAGAAACGGCAGAAACGAACACAAACUGGGACUAAUAACGAGGGAAAUACUCAAGUGCAGAAUAACAAGGCUAGAAUUAUCGUCCGAAAUCUGUCAUUCGAGGUAACGGAAGAUGAUGUGCGAAAAUUGUACGAGCCCUUUGGACAAAUAGAACAAAUAGAUCUCCUUCGUAGACCCGAUGGAAAGCCCGUGGGCUGUGGGUUCAUCCAGUUCAAACGAAUAGAAGAUGCGUCGCGAGCUAUUUUCAAAACCAAUAAGACCGAGUUUUUAUCACGACCGAUAACUGUUACCUGGGCCAUUCCCAAAGAUAAAUUUAUCGAGAACCAGAAUACAAACAUUGCCGUCAAGCCGGACGGUAAAUCAUCGCCUCCAAAAGAGGAUCCAGACGUAGGAGUCGAGAAAAUAAAGAAGGAGUCGACUGCUGAAUUGAAAAAACAGUGCAAACUUCGAAAGCAGCAGAAACGCUCUCGAAUAAUUGUUCGAAAUUUACCAUUCGCAGUUACUGAAGAAGAUCUGAAAAAUUAUUUUUCGGAAUACGGUAACAUCACCGAGGUCAAGUUAUUGACGAAAUCCGAUGGAAAACGCGUUGGCUGUGGUUUUUUACAAUUCGAUCAUGUACAAAGUGCAGCCAAAGCUAUUCGCGGUUCAAAUUUACGGCCCCUGAUGGAUCGGCUAAUUGUGGUUGAUUGGGCGGUACCAAAAGACCAAUUUCAAAAUGCUAAUAAAAAUGAGGUUCAGGAGAAAGAUGACAAAGAUGUUGCAUUGAUUGACGAAAAUAAUGACAUAAAGCUGGAAGAUGAACCUCUCAAUGAAGAAGACGAUGACGAAGAAGAUGAAGAAGAAGAUGAAGCAGAAGAAUCAGAGGAAGAAAACAAAAUAGAGCUAGAAAAAUCAUUAGGAGAUGAAGAUGACAAAGGUCCUCGUAGAAUUUCCAAUGAUGUGAGUGAAGGGAAAACCGUUUUCCUGAAAAAUGUGCCAUUUUCAGUAAACAAUGACCAAUUGAAGAGUUGUAUGGAGCAAUUCGGUCCAGUUUAUUAUGCCCUAGUAUGUAUUGAUCCUUUGACCGAACACUCGAAGGGAACAGCUUUCGUUAAAUUUAGAAACCUGGAGGACGCGGAGAAAUGUUUGGCAUCUGGUACCGAACUCCAAAUCCAGGGAGAGACUCUCGAUCCUCACAGAGCCAUUACCAAAAAAGACGUUCUAGAUUCAAAGUCUCGGGCUUCGAAUCGGACAAAGGACUCGAGGAACCUUUACUUGGUGAAGGAAGGAGUGAUUCUCCCAGGGAGUCAUGCUGCUGCUGACGUAUCUCCCGGGGACAUGCAGAAACGUAUCCAGAUGGAGCAAUGGAAGUCACAAAUGUUGAGAAAUCUCAACAUGUUCGUAUCUAGAAUUCGACUGGUUGUUCAUAAUUUACCAGCAACGCUGGACGAUGUCAAAUUGAGGGAGAUUUUUAGGAAGCAUGCGGGAAAGAAUGCGGUUAUUACUGAGGCCAAGGUCAUGCGAGAUCUCAAAAAUCCUGAUCCUAACAGUGUUGGGCGUUCCAAGGAGUUUGGUUUUGUCGCCUUUACCAAUCACGAUGAUGCUCUAAGGGCACUCAGGAGUAUUAAUAAUAAUCCUAAUAUUUUUUCAAAGGGUAAAAGACCGAUUGUCGCCUUUUCCAUUGAAAACCGUAUUAUGGUCAAUGCCAAGCAACGAAGGGCACAAAAAAGCCGGAAUAAUAAUCCCUUGUGGAAAGGAAAACGAAGUGGUGAUUCGAGCCAGGAGACGACCGACGGUCCCCCUCUAAAACGUUCUAAAAAAAUUGACAAGACAAAUAAUAAAAAUAAUUCAAAGUCUGAACGCCCGGGAAAAGCAGUAGUCAGACCUGUCGAGGAUGAAAAUGUCUCCGGGUUCUCUGGAACCAUCAGUCGAGUUGGCGAUCGGAAGCUGAGGUCGAAAUUCAAUUUGAAAACUCAAGCCCGGCUUCAGGCUAAGGCUCAGAACAAUCAGAAGAAAGAGAGAAAGAUGAAGAGGAAAAUUGAGGCGCAGAAGGUCAUUGAAAGGAAUUCUAGGAAGGAGAUAAAGCCCAAACAGGGGCCAGCAAAGUUCAGCAAGGAGGAGGCUAAUUUAGAUCGAAUGGUCGAGAACUACAGAUCUAAAUUAUCGAAAAUUUCGAGUGACAAGAUCAAGUGGUACGAAACAUGAAGUUGAUAAAGUGGGGAUUUUGUGAUUGUCGUGUAUAGCUGCAGCAUCGAUUCUUCGAAAUUCGUAACGAAUGAGUUGUGAUGAAAAAUUCAACUCAGAAUAAUGACUACGAUCAGUAAAAAAAACAUUUUACCCGAAGGUCGACGGAUUUUUUGGGAAACAAACUCUUGGAAAUUUAGUUAAUGUCAAGGGACUUUUUAUUUCAAGCAUUUGAACCAAUUGGUUCACGUUUGUAUGUAUAUAAAAACUACAAAUGAUAAUGAUAAUAAUUAUCAUUGUGACUGGCAGUUCCACUUGUUCGUUUCUCAUCCACCCCUGACUUUAUCCUGGCCGGUCACUGUUGGUUCUUUGCACUUUCCCAGAUUAUCGCUCUCUCCCUCGCCUUCUUCUCCACAGCACCUUGUUAUCCUCACUUUUCACGGCUGUUCGACGUCGGUGGAAUUAUUUUAAAAAUUGCAAAAACGAUUGCAAACAAUAGAGGAAAAUGUAACAUAUUUUUUGUAAAAUAAGAUAAAAGGAGAAACCAAGAAUCAUCGCAUUUUUGUUUUAUUUACCAUCCCCUUAUUUACCAUGAUUCUCUGCUACAAUCGCUCAUUUCCGCCAAUUACUUAGUUUUUUGACAAUCAAAUGUAGAUUAAUACAUUUUUCUCUCGAUUACGCAUUAGGGAAUUUUAAUAAUAUUAUUUCUAGUCGGUAAUGAUAAUUAUCUCAUUGAUGGCCUGAAAAUCACUGUCCACAUUAAUCUUAUGGGGUUGCUAAUAUUACGAAAUAUAUAGAUGCAGACCCCUAUAGCCUCAUUUCAAUCAUAUCUAUCUAUAUUUCAAUGUUGCGAAGAUAAAAAAUUACUAUGGAUCAUAGUACACAAGUGGAAUAAUUAUCAUUUUUGAGACUAAAAAAUUAAACACCGACAGAAUCCGCUGAAAAUGUUGAAGAAACUGCGGAAAAAUGAUUGCAAACUGGAAUCUGAUGUCCUGGAGGUGAAUAGUAUAGAUGGCGCUAUUAAUCAGCCAUUUCAAUCCUGGAGUUCUUGAAUUAUUAUUUCAAGAUGAAAUUUCAAUGCCGAAACAAAAUUUUGGGAAAAGUCCAAAAGAACCACUAUAAUGACAACCAAUGAACAAGGGAUGAAUAAAUUGACUGUCAUGAGAAAACCCGUUGCACGAAAACAUAAAUCUCAAGUUGUUGAGUUUUAAUCUAAUUUAUUACCCUCAAAACUCUGGGUAAAGGCUGUUCUUUGUAAAACUAAAACUUGAAGACAAAAGUCAAUUCAACGGUCACAGUCCCAAGUCAUGAAAUUUGAGCACUGCUUAUUUUAAGGGUUUUCUGGGUUACAUCUUCGACACAUGUGGGAUCCAUUGUUCAUUGUUUUGUUGUAAAGGGAGAAAUUCAAAACUUUGCAAGAAGAGGACUUGCGUGCGCCUUUUGGGGACUGGUGGGGGUUACUGGACCCAACCCUU